UUUUUUUUGGUAAAAAAGUUAUGGAAGCACCAGAAUUUCUUCAGCCAAGCUAUUGCUCGCAGCCAAAUGGGGCCGAUCAUUUUAUCGUUGAGGAUCUUUUAGACUUCGCUAACAUUGAUGCAGCCUUUGAUUCCCUUCCCGGUAGCUCUACCGAUUCCACUGUCACCCUCGUUGAUAGCUGCAAUUCGUCUUCAUUUUCCGGCUCUGAACCAAAUUUCUCCGCAGAUAUCGCCGGCCACCGGAAUUUCACCGAUGCCAACUUAUCUGCUGAUCUCUGCGUCCCGUACGAUGAUGUAGCUGAGCUAGAAUGGCUGUCGAAUUUCGUGGAGGAAUCAUUCUCAAGCUACGACCUGCAAAAGCUCCAGCUGACUUGCGGAAUGAAGACCCGACCCGAGGAAUCAUCCGAAACCCAACCCAACAGGACCAUCACCACCACCUCCAAUGCAUUCAUCAACCACAACAACAAUCCCAUGUUCCACCCGGACGUCUCGGUUCCGGCCAAGGCCCGAAGCAAGCGCUCCCGAGCCGCCCCCUGCAACUGGGCUUCCCGACUCAUGGUCCUCAGCCCCACAACUUCGUAUUCCUCCGAACCCGAAAUCGUCGUCCAGCCUCCACCUCCGCCUCCGACGCAGCCCACCACUGGAAAAAAGACCGUGAAGGGGGCCGCUCCGAGAAAAAAGGAAACCGGAGAUGCUGACGCCGGGGGAAACGCCGACGGACGUAGGUGCCUGCAUUGCGCCACCGAUAAGACCCCGCAGUGGAGGACUGGACCGAUGGGUCCCAAAACGCUUUGUAACGCUUGUGGGGUGCGAUACAAGUCGGGUCGGUUGGUACCGGAAUACCGACCCGCCGCGAGCCCGACCUUCGUGCUGACCAAACACUCCAACUCCCACCGGAAAGUGAUGGAGCUUCGACGUCAAAAGGAACUGCUCAGGGCCCAGCAGCAGCAGCAGCAGCAGUUCAUGCAUCAUCAUCAGAACAUGAUGUUCGAUGUAUCCAACGGUGAUGAUUAUUUGAUUCACCAACAUAUUGGGCCCGACUUCAGGCAGCUGAUCUAGUGGAGGCAAGAGUAGAGUAACUCAGCUGCAGCUGAGUUUUAAUUGGUGGGAAUUCAUUAGUUUUAGUGAAUUUCCAGAAUUUUUUUUUUUUUUUAAUUCCAAUUUGGUUUAGAGGUAAUUUUGUUAUGCGUUUUGUUUUUUG